AUGUCAGAUGGAUGUGAGGUCCCAAACAACAACACAACAGUACUAAAACAAGGACGAUCGUGCCCACUGUUUGGCGAAGUUCCGGCUAAGCUCACCUCGGAGUACUGGCGAGAUUGCUGCAAGAAGAUUGAGGAACAUAUUUAUCCAGACGACAUCGAGGAUCAAGAUGCACUUCACGGCCGAUACAAGAUAUUGGUCAUGAUGGGUCAUCUGACGCCGGGAGACCCUGAAUGGUUGAAUCGGCUGUUGAAGCAUCCCGGUAUGGAGGACAAAUUACCGUUGGACGAUGACCUCCCAUUGUCGGAAGACCAAGUGAAGAAUCUUCACGUCGACGUGAAAGAUGUGUCUCGUUUCAUGGAGCUGCAGAAGAAGUUUUGCGGAUUCUAUGAGAUGAAUCACCAUUCUGAAAUUGAAGAUCACAUGCUUCCCCCGUUCACGGUUCAUAAAUCGCUUGGCAAUGGUGCUUUUUCCAUUGUAGAGGCGGUUGAACUCGUCCACGAAGUUGACGCGCAAAAGAAAACUCGAUAUGCGCGCAAGAGGCCCAGAGCAGACGAUUGCAAUUCAGGCUUGAAGGACGAGCUGGAUACAUUGAAGAGCAUGGGACACCAUCAUCAUGUCGUUCGAUAUGUGGGGUCUUACCAGCAUGCUAGGCGCAUAAACAUUUUGCUUUAUCCUGAAGCAAGUCAUGGAAACCUCACCAACUACUUGAAGUGGAACACCUUCCUCGAAAGGGCAAAGAAGAUGGUCUUAAACAAGUCCUUCGGGUGUCUCCUCACCGGGCUUGGAUUCCUUAGCACCACAAUGCGACACAAAGACAUCAAGCCAGACAAUAUCCUCAUCCAUGGGAGGAACGUUUUGUACACGGACUUUGGCAGCGCUUACACCUUCACGAAAGGAGUAAAUGGAUCCAUAACGUCUCGCACGGCUCCCGGAAAGGUCAACUGGAUGUACGCCGCUCCGGAGGUUCACAUGUUAAAUGGAACCAGAGAUGUGAAAACUGAUUUGUUUUCCCUGGGUUGCGUCUUUGCGGAGAUCAUAACGGUUCUCUCCGAGAAACAGGUUGCUGAUCUCCACGAAAUCGUGGGUGGUUCCUAUGGAACAAGUGUGAGUAAACUACACGCCUGGCUGGAUGGCCUUCCUCAAAACAAUGAUCUCUCCAUACCAGUCACCUGGUGCAAGAGAAUGACCCAGCAGGAGCGGUCGGAACGUCCAAAGAUCCCAAUGUUUGUUCAAGAAGUCAAGGAGCAAUGCCGAGAAAAAGACAUUCUGGGGAAGUUUUUUUGCCAGGAUUGUCUAGACAAGCCAGACAAUGAGUUACCGAUGGUGGUUGAGGAGGUGGAUGAGUCAGAAAGGCAGGAUGUUUCGAUGGGAAAGAAAACUACCCUUGUCAAAGACAUUAACUCCUACGGUUUGCCAGCUCUGAGCAGGGCCGCUCUGCGGAGGCAAAUCAACGAAGUGAAAAAGCUUCUGGAGGAGAAGCAAGAGUUAGAAAAGACGGACCCGAACGAGAGGGCGACAGCACUACAUUGGGCCGUCGAGGGUGGCGAUGCAGAGAUCGUAGAGUGCCUCUUGGACAAAGGUGCCAACGUCAACGCUCAGAAUCCAUUUGUGGGUUCACCUCUCAGCUGGGCAGUACAGAAGGGGUCCACGAAUGUGGUUGACCUUCUGUUGAAACGCAACGCCGACGUCAAAGUUAAGAACACUAUGGGAUCGACCGCAUUGCAUCUGGCUGCUCAAAAAGGAUACAUGCAGCUGACCGCUGCCGCUAAGGUCCUUGUCUAA